AUGAAGAUCUCCUUGUGCCGUAGCUACGGUGUCACCGUCAUCCUCAAGGGCAACAAUAUUGCCAAGGCGAAAGACUACGCGAUGCGAUUUGGGAAGGAAAAAGGGUUGAAGUACAUCAACGGGUACGAUGCUCCGGACAUUUUGGCCGGGCAGGGGACAAUCGGACUGGAGAUCUUGGAGCAGGUCCCUGAUGUCGAUGCUGUACUUGUUCCAGUCGGGGGUGGUGGACUGAUCGCAGGCGUUGCGGUCGCCAUUAAGACUUUGAAACCGGAAUGUCACAUCAUUGGAAUCGAGACCGAAACCUGCGCCAGCUUCACAGCCGCCAUCAAGGAGGGCAGACCUAUAGCCGUGGAGACGAGCAGCACCCUGGCUGAUGGCCUCGCCGUCCCUACCGUAGGUGGCAAUUCGCUAAAGACCGCCGCCCCGAUGAUCGACCAGAUCAUCACCGUCAGCGAGGAGGUGAUCGCCCUUUCAAUCCUGCGCCUCAUUGAGGUGGAAAGGCCAGGAGGUAUCGCCGAAUUAACCACCCACAUCGCCCACAGCGGCGUCGAUCAGGACAUCUCCACGAACGAGCCUGGAUCUUCCACGGACGUCUUUUCGGUCAAAGUAAAGAUUAUUGCCGAGACGAGAGACCGGACGCACGUCCAAGAGCUGGAGGCGCUACUCAAGGAGAAGUACAAGAACGUCACCAUCCUG